AUGUUCGGCAAGCUCUCCUCAGCAGCACUGUUGGCCCUCAGCCUGACGGCUCAAGCAACUCAAAUCUUCAGUAACACAGGCACGACCUCUGGCUGGGAUGCCACCAACAAAGAACACUCCGGCACCGUGCAGCAAGUGACAAACGUAGUCUACGAGGGCCCAACCGCCUUGAAAAUGACCCAGAUCUACGACUCCAGCUACACAGGCCGGUACCACUCAGAGGUUGUUAAGAAGAACGUCUACAAGCGCGGCGACACAGGCUUCUACGGCUUCGCCUUCCGCCUGCAAGAAAACUGGCAAUUCUCCCCAGCCCAAUCAUACAACAUCGCACAAUUCAUCGCCGACUUCAGCGAUACCGGCUGCGACGAUUUCAUGCCUUCUAGCAUGGUCUGGCUUGUCGGUGACCAGCUGUACACGCGUGUCAAGCAGGGCAGUAUCUGUGCGCAGAAGACUGUGACUUUCCCCAGUCUAGCGACUGUCACUGCAGGCGUCUGGCAUAAGAUCGUGAUCCAGGCCACUUGGAAGUCGGAUGGAACUGGUCAAUAUAAGUUGUGGUUGGAUGGAAAUAAGCUUUUGGAUAAGAGGGACAUUGUGACCACCAUUGAUGAUGAUCGGGCUUUCCAAUUCCGUGUUGGACUUUACGCUAAUGGCUGGUAUGAUGAUAAAGGGAUGAAGGGCACCCAGGGGACUCGGUCGAUUUGGUAUGAUGAGAUUGCUGCUGGAACUGUUUUUGCCGAUGCGGAUCCUGAUCAGUGGUAA